AUGAGGUUUUUCACCGCCGCAGUGCUCGGCCUGUUUGUGCCCAGCCUAGCCGCCGCAUCUUCCAUUACAUCUCAACAAGCUGUACCUGCCGACUUCAAGCCCCCGCAGGUUUUCAAGAACACAAAUCUCGUGCGCAACACCAAUCUGGAGAAAUCUUAUGUCCGGGAAACUAUCAAUGUUGUCGUAGAGAAUGUGGACAAGAGCCCACAGAGCGACUACUAUGUUCCUUUCCCUGCGGAUGUGUUUGACCGUGUUGGAGGCUUCGAAGCUCGGGACAAGAAGGCAACUGACAAGGGACGCUUUGAGGUGGUUGUGACUGAGCCAGUUCCGUCUAGUGGUCUCCAGUACUUCAUCGUUCAUCUCGAUGAACCUCUCGCUCCGAAAGCCCAGCUCACCCUUGGCAUUUCUUACUCUGUUCUUUCCUCGCUUACUCCUCGCCCUGCCACUAUCCAGCAAAACGAUAAGCAGUACCUUACCUACUCGUUCUCCGCCUAUGUGCCCUCUGCCUACCAGACUGUCACCCAGAAGACCAAGCUGAAGUUCCCCAGCACCGAUGUGCCCGACUUCACAGAGACUGAGGGCCUCAAGUCCGGCUCUGACCCCGAGCGCAAGGGUGCCACGUAUACAUAUGGACCUUACGAGACAUCCAAGGUGGCCCCGGGUACCGAGAAGCCUAUCACUGUUCGCUACCAAUUCACCAACCCAGUGAUUACCGUCAAUCUCCUUGAGCGCGACCUGGAGGUUUCCCACUGGGGUGGCAACCUGGCUACUGAGGAGCGAUACUGGCUCCGCAACAACGGCUCCGAGCUCGAGAACCAAUUCUCCCGCGUCGACUGGACCUUCUCUAGCUACCAGAAGGCCCCAACUUCUGCCGUCCGUGAAAUCACCUACCCACUGCUUCCCGGAUCCACCGAUGCGUACUUUAUCGAUGACAUUGGAAACGUUUCCACCAGUCGCUACCGUCCCGGAAACGGCAAGACUGCCGCUAACCUGGAGCUGAAGCCCCGUUACCCUAUCUUCGGUGGCUGGAACUACAGCUUCAAGGUCGGCUGGAACAACGACCUGUCUCGAUUCCUGCGCAAGGCUACCGGCGGUGACUCCUACGUUCUCAAGGUGCCUUUCAUUCAGGGCCCCAAGAUGUCCGAGGGUAUUCAGUAUGAGCGAUUUGUUCUUCGUAUUGUUCUCCCCGAGGGUGCGCACAAUGUUCGCCACGAGGCUCUCGAGGGUGCCAACAGCAACGGUCUCCCCGGUAAAAGCCAGAUUCAGUCCAGUCUUUCCUCCUUCAAGACUUACAUGGAUACCCUCGGUCGGACUACAUUGACCCUGGAGGUUGACAGCCUGACGGACGAGGCGCGCGAUGCGCAGCUCAUUGUGACUUACGACCACUCGCUCAUUGAUGCCCUCCGCAAGCCUCUUACCCUUUUCGGUGGCCUGAUCACUGUUUUGGUCGCUAUUUGGUUCGUUGGUAGUAUCGAUACCAGCAUUAAGAAGCGGUAA